AUGGCCCAUUCCGGUGUCGUACCAGCGGGUAAACGAAAAGAAAUUUACAAAUAUAUUGCGCCAUGGCCGUUGUUCAGUAUGAACUGGUCGGUACGGCCCGACAAACGUUUCCGUCUAGCGCUCGGUAGUUUCGUUGAAGAGUACAAUAAUAAAGUCCAAAUCGUAUCUUUAGACGAGGACAGUAGUGAGUUCUCGCCUAAAAGUACAUUUGACCAUCCGUAUCCCACGACGAAAAUCAUGUGGAUACCCGACAGCAAGGGUGUCUACCCUGAUUUGUUGGCCACUAGUGGUGAUUAUUUGCGUGUGUGGCGAGCCGGCGAACCCGACACUCGCCUGGAAUGCGUUUUGAACAACAACAAAAACUCGGACUUUUGCGCCCCCUUGACAAGCUUCGACUGGAACGAGGUGGACCCCAACCUUGUCGGAACUUCAUCCAUAGACACCACCUGCACCAUUUGGGGCUUAGAAACCGGCCAAAUAAUCGGACGCGUCAAUCUCGUCUCAGGACACGUGAAAACGCAGUUAAUUGCACAUGACAAGGAGGUCUACGACAUUGCAUUCUCGCGAGCUGGGGGCGGUAGAGACAUGUUUGCCUCCGUCGGCGCUGAUGGUUCGGUCAGGAUGUUCGAUUUGCGGCACCUGGAGCACUCCACGAUUAUUUACGAGGACCCAGCACACACGCCGUUGUUGCGGUUGGCUUGGAACAAGCAGGACCCCAAUUAUUUGGCCACCAUUGCCAUGGACGCGUGUGAGGUGAUUAUUUUGGAUGUGAGAGUCCCCUGCACUCCGGUCGCAAGGUUGAAUAACCACAGAGCUUGUGUUAAUGGAAUUGCGUGGGCCCCACACUCGAGUUGUCACAUUUGCACAGCUGGAGAUGACCAUCAGGCGCUCAUUUGGGACAUACAGCAAAUGCCAAGGGCUAUUGAGGACCCCAUUUUGGCGUACACUGCUGCAGAGGGCGAAGUCAAUCAAAUACAGUGGGGGGCGACGCAGCCGGAUUGGAUAGCCAUCUGUUACAAUAAGUGUUUAGAAAUACUAAGAGUUUAAUUUACAAAUACAGACUUUCCCUAUUGAUAAGUACCAAGUAGUGUGUAAAAUCAUGGUUUACAUUAUUCCAUUGUAAUAUUUAUUUCAUGGUCCUCAUCUCUUAUAAUCACAUUUUGUAAAGUUAAUUUUACAAUAAAAACUUACAGUA